UAUUUCAAGUGUGGCCACUCCAUCGUGGAGUACAUACCCAAAGCUUUAAGGACUAUGGACUGUUGAAUAAUAAGCCAGCCAUGGGGCAGACACAGCAAACGGAGAACACUGAGCAAAUUGAUGUCAGAGCAAUUCAGGAAAUGUACAAAAAGUUUGUCAUGGAGUGCCCGAGUGGACUACUUUUCCUGCACGAGUUCAAGCGCUUCUUCGGUGUGGACCCAUCAGGGGAAGCGUCGGAUUAUGCGGAGAACAUGUUCCGAGCUUUUGACAGAAAUGGGGACAAUACGAUUGAUUUCCUUGAGUUUGUGGCAGCACUGAAUCUUGUUUUCCGGGGAGACCUGGAGCAUAAACUCCGGUGGUCAUUCAAGGUGUAUGACAAAGACAGCAAUGGCUAUGUGGACAGGGAUGAACUACGGUCGAUAAUUGAUAGCAUCUAUCGGAUAAAAAAAGGCUCAAAGACAGAUGCACAUGAUGCACAGCUCACAGUCGAUGAAGCUGUGGAUCGACUAUUACAGGCCGUCGACAGUGAUGGAGAUGGUCAUAUUAACCUGGAGGAGUUCAUUAGGGGCGCACAGCAGGACCCCUGGGUGCUCAACAUGUUGAAGCUGGACAUGAACCCUGCUGGAUGGGUGCUGGAGCAGAGGAGAAGGAGCGCACACUUCUGAAGUGUCAGAGUACAAAGGCCUUUCCCAUGUGGACAAAGAGACAACACUCAUGGCUAAAAUGCAGGAUAUGAAUUACAUAUAGAAAAAUAUAUUUAACACACAUUCUACGGCUAAAAUUAGGAUUCAUUUUGAAUACUUUCAGCAUAUGAAGUUUCAUAUUCAUAGAUGGUGAAGGUUCACAACUGGCCAUCAUUUGGCUUUUAAUAAAGGAACAAUAGCACUUUAAGUCAAUGUGAGACUGUAACCAACAGCAUAAACGUUCAGAGACGUUCUUAUUUCUUUGCAUACAUUAUUUUUUUCUUUCCACAAUUUCACUAUAUUAAUGGUUCGUCUUAUAUUAUCUUUAAAUACUACUAAAGCUACAUUUUUGUAUAAUUUGAAGCAGGUGCAUAUACACAGUAUAUUGCUGCUAACUCAGCCUUCUUGUUAAAAAGUGUAAAUAUGUAAAUAGUGAGUAAUGAUAAUGUCUGCUUUUCUAUUGUUGUUGUUUUUUUUUAUUGUUUUCCAUUUUUGCUUUUGUUUGUUUAAGCUAAUAAUACUGCUAACACACAAUUGUUAUUGUGCAUGUUGAAUUAAAAGGGCAGUGUGUGGGAUUUACCGCCAUCUUGUGGUGAGGAUUGCAACCAGCUGACACUUUCCACAUGUGCCAAGCGAGAACUCCUGAUUAGAAUUACUUCAGUAGGCAAUGUUCAGGAGGUUUUUACAGAAGACAAAUUAUCUGCAGAGGUCUCCUCCCCUCCAGAACAAACAGACCAAGGGUCUCAUUUAUAAAACAAUGCCUCGGAUCCAUAUUAAAAAUGUAGCCUACCUACGGACAAAAGCCAAAAAAAAAGAAGGCAUGUGCCAAAAAAUAUUCAACACUUUCUACAGUCAGGCUUCCACCUCAGAAUCCGUGUCAUCUAUUUCCUGUCUCCAAAAUGUCUGUAAGCAUGGGUCAAAGUUUCUCCCAUCAAGUCUGUUUUUAUACAUCAAAACUUUUCCAUUGGAAGCAGUGUACGCCUCUUUCAGGCCUUUUGUAUGUACGUAAUGUUUAUAAAUGAGACCUCAGGUGAUUAAAACCAGUAAAAACGCUGACUGAAACUGUUUCAUGUCACAAAUUAGCGCUUCUCUGACGCUUUUCAGCUCUUCGCAGACGGGGUACUAGCUCAGCACCUGCUAAUGUAUGCUAACCUUUCUUCUCUGAAAACUUCAGAUCCAGACAUUCAGAAGGUUUUCACCUGUAGCCGAAUUAUCUGUAGAGGUCUCUUCCACUUUAACACAAACAGAACCCAUGAAAAAAAAAAACCAAACAUUAAAAGCACUGAAUAAAGCAGACUCACUUUAAGGUCUAUAUAUUUUCAGUGCUAUUCUGCUCGCGCGGAUGGACUGCUAACUAAGGUGUACGAAGCGAAAGCACAAAAAUACAAAUGGCCUAAUCUGGAGCUAGUGUUUGGACUCAUUCAAAGAUGACGAAAACAUGACAAUUGUUAUUUUCAGUUGAUUUUAUUCAAAGGAAACAUACUUAUUGUAUUAUAUUCCAUUUCUGCCAAUAUAUGCCCCUAAAUCCUACACACUGUUCUUUUAAAGUCUAUAUUGUAAAGUAAGAUUAUUAUACCUGAUUACUUUACUGUUGUUAAACGAAGGUUU